AUGAAGGAAUGGGUUUUCAUGCUUGUGGAAGCAUUGACUUCAUCAGUGAUGUUGCUGAGGUUAAGUGCUGCAGAUGUUACCUUAGAGGAGAAAGUGGAGCCAGUGUGGAGCACCUCCCUGGAUCUUCAGAAAGGUUACUUUACUGGAGAAAAGUUCCUCACACAGUCUUCAGAAGAUGGUUUACUGCAGUUAGUAACUUGGUGUGAGUUACUGUUAUCUCAGCAUGCUGGUCGCCUUGGCAAUGACAGCCCUGCCGUUCAUCAAGCACUUGUGUGGUGUCUGGUAUGUCCUCACUCUAAAGUUCGAAUAUUGGCUCAGGCCACCACGAAGAAACUUGUGUCUUCCUUAGGAGGAGUAGUGCUUGCUGCAGAUCUUCUGAAGACCCUGUCAACCCUGACUGUUAACUUCAAGAUUCUAAAAGGAGAAGAACAAGAUGCUGGGGGUGGAGGUGGAGGAGGAGAGCUGAGUCCAGCUGGGGUGGCUCAAGCUCUCGUUACUAUAUGUUCUCCCAGCAACCAUAACAAGGCACAUAAAGAACACUUGGCACUCUUAGCUCUACCAACAGCCUUCCACCCAUCCCUUGUGAGUGAUAAUCCCAACGUGUGGGAGCAAGUGUGUCGGUCGCAAGGCCUAAAGGCCUAUGAUGUUAUAUCUAGCCAGAGAGAGAAACUAGUGCAGCAGUUUACAACAGACUACGCUCCAUCACCCAUUAAUGAACAGAUCUUCUCUGGUCUGUGUCGUAUAGCUGGUCGAGUCAUAUUGCCUCCUGUCAUGGAGUUUAUUUAUAGUCGAUUGAACAACCCCAAGCUGGUGCAAGUGACAGAUGAGGACUAUGCUAUAUAUCAAACACCAGAAGGAACAUUAUACAACCAAUCAGUUGUUGAAAAGGCUUUUGAAGAUCAUUUGAAUAUUAAAAAUGUCAAGAAAUCCAACAAAGUGUACAGUCACAAGGAGCAAAUAAUGAUGCUUGAGGAACGUAAGAAAGAACUAGAAAGGAAGAGGAAGGAAGGCAAACUUGAACUAACACCCAAGCAAAAGGAAGUUCUCAAGGCUCAGACAGAAAAAGAAAAUGCUAUUCGGAAAAGAGUUAAAGAUUUGUUGGAAAGUGUUUCAAGUUCAGUUUCCCUGCUUGAGGCUGCUGUAGUUGGUAAUGUGGAGGAUCUGUCACCUCACUUCACAACCCUCAUUCCACUGCUCACCUGGGCGCUUCGCUCUACCCUCAUAGCCUCGAAGAUGUGCAAUAUCUUUGUCAGCUUACGUUCUGCAGUCUUCGAAACAGAGGAUGAUGUUUACGCACACACCGUGGCCCGUACUACUGUGCGAGUGUGUGAACCCAUUAUGAAACUGCCUGAUGACUGGCUUGGAGAAAAACUGGAUGAUGCUGCUCUCAGAACAUUGAAGAUGAUCCAUACUGCUACCGUUCCAAAGAAGUGUGUAUAGUCUUGCAAUGGUUUU